AUGAAAGAGAAGUCCAAAAAUGCUGCCCGGACACGACGGGAAAAGGAGAACAGUGAAUUCUAUGAGCUGGCGAAACUGUUGCCCUUACCCUCUGCAAUUACAUCUCAACUCGACAAAGCGUCCAUCAUUCGACUCACAACCAGCUACUUGAAAAUGAGAAUUGUUUUUCCAGAAGGUCUUGGGGAAUCGUGGGGUCAUGUGAGUCGAGCCAGCUCUCUGGAUAAUGUCGGGCGAGAACUGGGGUCGCAUCUACUUCAGACUCUGGACGGAUUCAUUUUCGUGGUUGCUCCGGAUGGGAAAAUUAUGUACAUUUCAGAAACUGCCUCAGUACAUCUGGGUUUGUCACAGGUAGAGCUGACGGGGAACAGCAUUUACGAGUACAUACACCCCGCGGAUCACGAUGAAAUGACAGCCGUGCUUACAGCUCACCAACCCUACCAUUCGCACUUUGUACAAGAAUACGAAAUGGAGCGAUCCUUCUUCUUGAGAAUGAAAUGUGUUCUGGCGAAAAGGAACGCGGGGUUGACUUGCGGCGGAUACAAGGUGAUCCACUGUAGUGGCUACCUGAAGAUCCGUCAGUACAGUUUGGACAUGUCUCCAUUUGAUGGCUGUUAUCAGAAUGUCGGUUUGGUGGCAGUAGGUCACUCUCUACCACCCAGUGCUGUCACUGAGAUCAAGCUCCAUAGCAACAUGUUUAUGUUUAGAGCCAGCCUGGACAUGAAGCUCAUCUUUCUAGACUCCAGGGUAGCAGAGUUGACUGGCUAUGAACCCCAGGAUUUAAUAGAGAAGACACUUUACCAUCACGUCCACAGCUGUGACACCUUCCACCUCCGCUGUGCACACCACUUGUUGCUGGUAAAAGGACAAGUCACCACUAAGUAUUACAGAUUCCUGGCUAAGCAGGGAGGUUGGGUUUGGGUGCAGAGCUAUGCUACCAUUGUACACAACAGCCGAUCCUCUAGACCUCACUGCAUCGUCAGUGUCAACUAUGUUCUGACGGAUACGGAAUAUAAAGGUCUACAGCUGUCCUUAGACCAGGUGACGUCCAGCAAACCGUCCUUCUCCUAUAACAGCACAUCAAACCCGGUGAUUGAUAACCGUAGGGCGAGUAAGAGCAGGGUGUCACGGACCAAGGCCAAGACGAGGCUGUCUCCUUACUCUCAGUACCCAGGCUUUCAUACGGAGCGUUCUGAAUCGGAUCAGGACAGCCCGUGGGGCGGCAGUCCUCUUACCGACUCUGCUUCUCCUCAGCUGCUGGAGCAGGGGGAGGGUAUGGACGCUUCCUGCGUUUACCGGCAGUUUCCAGAACCGCGCCCGCUCUGUUACAGCCUGCCUCUGUCCGACGAGCACCACACCCCGAGCGACGCUCACGGUCACACACACUCACAGUCCUGUGAGCAGGGCCGCUGCGAGGCGGGCCGCUAUUUCCUGGGCACGCCCCAGCCUGGGCGAGAGGCGUGGUGGGGCGCUGCCAGAUCGGUCCUGCCCCUGACCAAGUCAUCCCCAGAAAACGGCGACGGGUAUGAAGCAGUCAUGCCCCACAUCGCGUCAAUACACAGCUUGCACGUCAGGGGCCACUGGGACGAAGACAGUGUGGUUAGUUCGCCUGACGGGGGUUCGGCCAGCGAUUCGGGCGACCGUUACCGCGGGGAUCACUUCCGGGCCAGUCCUCAGGAGCCUAGUAAAAUAGAAACCUUGAUUCGGGCAACCCAGCAGAUGAUCAAAGAGGAAGAGAGUCGACUACAGCUGAGGAAAGGCCCCGCCGAGCCUUCCCUGGGCGCCGCCAACGGGCUGGCCAAAGGCCACGGCCCCUGCUUCAGCGCCGAGUUCCCCCAGGCCGCCCUGCCAGGAGUGGUAUGUCGGGGUUCGACCCAGGCGAUAAGCCCCGCCCCUAGCCCCGCCCCUCUCUCCCGGCUUAGCAGCCCUGGCUCGGAACGACUGGCCAAGGCCAAAGACUUCCUGCAGACGGAACUCUCUCCCCAUCAGCACCAGCUCCCUCUCACGGGUUCAUGCGCUGCCUCUCCCACGCCCGCACUCUAUCCGUCUCAUCCCCGCCAAUACAUAGACAAACACACGGCCUAUUCACUCACAGGCUACGCCCUGGAGCACCUGUACGAGGCAGAGAGUUUCAGAGGCUACGCCCUGGGUUGUUCGGGCUCCUCUCACUAUGACAUGGCCUCUCACCUGCGCAUGCAGGCCGAACAAACGCCAAGCCACAAAGGCACCUCCGUCAUCAUCACCAACGGCAGCUGA